GGUACUUUUACGCCCUUUUCUGUGUUUCACUGACCCUACACAAAUGAUGUCUGUAUUUCUAAAUGAUUGUAACGUGUUACAGUCAAACAAAAGAGACCGCGAAGUGUUAAAACAUGCUUUAUUUACUAAGGAAGUCCAUAGCAUAGUUUGCCAGUGACAGGUUGUUAGCUUAGCAUAAGUUGGCACAGUGUGGACUCACGCACCUGCCAAACCCAAACAGUUUGCGAAUUAUUGCUUGGUGGUAUUUUCUUUCUAUACUUACGUUCAAUAAUCCAUACAUCAAUCAAUACUUGAUAGAAACACUUUAGUCCACAAUUUAUUUUGAGUUGAAUGUCAACGUUUGAUUUGUUACUCAGCUAACAAGCUAACCUACAGCUAGCUCGUGUCAACGCUAGCUAGCCUAGCAUACCAAAGGUUACUGUGACUGACGUUAUAGCUAUGCUAACUAGAUUAUUUAGAUAUGUGGCUCGCUAGCUACAUCCAUUAGCUUUAGCGUAGCCGAUACAUGGCGCAAUGUUUUCCUAUCAGUAUAGCUAUUAGCUGGGUAGGUAAAGUCACUUGAAAUUGUUUGGAGGUUAUUAGCUAACCCGAAUUGGCUAGCUAGUGCCUGCUAAUAAUAUAUCAAAACUAGCCAACGUUAGGUAGCUCGUUUUAUUGCCACUACUGUGUGGCAAGUUUACUUGUUUGGGUGUUUACUUGUUUGGGUGUCACUGCAACAGCGGUGUUUAGGCUACAUCCUUCACUUGUGUUCAGUCGGAUAAUGAUUUUAUCUUCGGUGUCCGGGUUAUCUAGGCAGUUAACUAAAUCAAGGGAAUUGAGGGGUUCUUGUGCUGAUUUAUAUGGCGAGUCCUUCUGUUGGUGCUGUUAGGUCUAGCACGUGGUAAUCCUCAACUAUCUUCUUAAAGGAUUCUAUCCCUUCUUGAUUGUUGAGGGAACUGUGGUCCAGUGUUUCAUUAAUAUAUGAAUAACUAUAGUUACCACUACUGCCAAUGCUACCCUAGUUAUUAGAAUGAUCUGAACUUAGUGACCCUUGGUCAGAUCAGAGUUAAAGGUGGGGACCUGUCUUGCCCUGCUAGAGUUGGUGCCUUGCUAGAGUCCGGACCAGAGACGUAAAACAGAGGACAGCAUGUGGUUGCUAACUUGCUGUCUCAUUACUGUCAAUGUUUACAAGUGUUGUUGAUGCUAUUGAAAUAAGUUACACACCACUGACAAGAUCAGUGAAUGAUCAAGUAUGAAUCGGUUCUGUUAACGAAUUGAAUCAAUGCUCACAUGGUCAGGUGGAUACGACCACCUAUAUUUCACUGAGUUAACUUUUCCUCUUUGCCAGUUUGGGACCAAUAUCAUGGAGGCCGCAGGGUUCUGUGGAAUGGAGGUGGCGACUCGGGGGCUAGUGGGGGGAUCUGGCAGCAGCUCCCCUCCAGAGCUGGACAGCCCAGGUAGCCAGGAGCACCUGGGGAUGUUUGAGCUGGUCAGUAGCUGCUGCAGUGAGGAGGUGAGAGGGGAGACUCCAGGGAGAGAGGACUGCACCCUGGACCCCAACAAUGCUGAGCUGGACCCAGGCGGUGGUGGUGGCAAGAUCAAGGACCAAAAGGGAUUGGGAAAAGAGGUUCUCUUACUGAUGCAAGCCCUGACCACACUAGCCUCCCCAGAGGAGAAGCUGGCCGCUUUGUGCAAGAAGUAUGCUGAUUCGCUGGAGGAGAGCCGCAGUAUACAGAAGCAGGUGAAGGUGCUGCAGAAGAAGCAGUCCCAGAUGGUCAAAGAGAAGAUCCACCUGCAGAGUGAACACAGCAAGGCCAUCCUGUCACGCAGCAAGCUGGAGAGCCUCUGUAGGGAACUGCAGAGACACAAUAAGACCCUCAAGGUAGGUAGUGAGGAGAGUCUGUCACACAGCAAGCUGGAGAGCCUCUGUAGGGAACUGCAGAGACACAAUAAGACCCUCAAGGUAGGUAGUGAGGAGAGUCUGUCACACAGCAAGCUGGAGAGCCUCUGUAGGGAACUGCAGAGACACAAUAAGACCCUCAAGGUAGGUAGUGAGGAGAGUCUGUCACACAGCAAGCUGGAGAGCCUCUGUAGGGAACUGCAGAGACACAAUAAGACCCUCAAGGUAGGUAGUGAGGAGAGUCUGUCACACAGCAAGCUGGAGAGCCUCUGUAGGGAACUGCAGAGACACAAUAAGACCCUCAAGGAUGACAACACGCAACGGUCCAGAGAGUAUGAGGAGCGUCGGAAGGAGGCCACCCUUCACUUCCAGGUGACGCUGAACCAGAUCGAGGUACAGAUGGAACAGCACAACUCUCACAACUCCAAGCUGCGCCAGGAGAACAUGGAGCUGGCCCAGAAACUCAACAGGCUCAUCAAACAGUACGAGCUCAGGGAGGAGCACAUUGACAAGGUGUUCAAGCACAAGGAGAAGCAGCAGCAGUUGGUGGAUGCCAAGCUCCAGAGGACAGCUGAGCUGAUGAGAGAGUUGGAGGGGAAGCAGCAGAGAGAGAGAGACUUUCUCCUGAAAGACGCCACAGAGUGGAGACAUGAAUGUGAGCUGUUGAAGGAACAGGAGACGCAGCUCAAACAGCAGCUCUCUUUGUACAUGGACAAGUUUGAGGAGUUUCAGACCACUCUGGCGAAAAGCAACGAGGUGUUCACUACCUUCAGACAGGAGAUGGAGAAGAUGACCAAGAAGAUCAAGAAGCUGGAGAAGGAGACGACUCUGUGGAGAACGAAGUGGGAGACCAACAAUCAGGCUCUGCUACAGAUGGCUGAGGAGAAGACACUGCGGGACAAACAUUACAAGGGUCUGCAUGGGAAGCUGGAGUGCCUGGAGAAACUGUGCCGGGCUUUGCAGAAGGAGAGGGACGACCUCACCACCAAACUGGGAGACCUACAGUCAACAACCGAGGAGGAGGAGGGGACGGGACCUCCAGACCCCCAGCCCAGCCAGGAGUCUACCCAGGAUGAGAUGUCUCCGCCUGGGAGAGGGGAAGAGACGCAGCCCCUUACUACCCCUGAACUGGAGCUAGAGUCCUCCACCACAGAGCAACUUGACAACUGAGCCACUAACCCCCUCUGCCUUUUGGGGGGUAUAUUUGAAUACAGUAUAUCUUUUUUUGUGUGUUAAAGUUAUAAUUAAGAUUAAAAUGACUGCAUUAUUAACAAUGAAUAUAAUACUUUUUGCCCUGACUGUACAUUGUAAAACUGGGCUUUGUGGUGAGCACGAGGCUCCCCCCUUUUCUACCACAUUUGUAUUUUCUUAGAUGAUUGUCUUCAUGCUGUUGGUCAGUCACAGGGCUGUUGUUCAGCAGCUUUCCUGUGGUCAGUCACAGGGCUGUUGUUCAGCAGCUUUCCUGUGGUCAGUCACAGGGCUGUUGUUCAGCAGCUU